CAGAGUUGGGUUAUGGAGUGCGACUGGUGGAGCUGGCCGGGACAUGUCUGAGUAGAAACUUGUACAGUUUUCUCAAUACGUACAGCAUUGAAUCCACGUAUCGAUGAUGGGGCAGUGCGGCAUCACAUCGUCGAAGACGGUGCUGGUCUUCCUGAACCUGAUAUUUUGGGCUGCUGCUGGUAUCCUGUGCUAUGUUGGAGCCUAUGUCUUCAUUACGUAUGAUGACUAUGAUCACUUCUUUGAAGACAUGUACACUCUCGUCCCAGCAGUCAUCAUCAUCGCAGUUGGAGCCCUCCUUUUUAUUAUCGGGCUCAUUGGAUGCUGCGCUACAGUGAGAGAGAGCUACUGUGGACUGACAACGUUUGUUGUCAUUCUCCUGCUGGUUUUCUUGACGGAAGUGGCUGUGGUGGUUCUUGGAUACAUUUACAGAGCAAAGGUUGAAGAUGAAGUUAAUAAUUCAAUCAAGAAAGUAUAUGAUGAGUACAACGGAACAAACAGCAACGCCCCUAGCCGCGCCAUCGACUACGUUCAGAGACAGCUUCAGUGUUGCGGGAUCCACAAUUACUCAGACUGGAAGAAUACACACUGGUUUGAAGAAUCAAAAAACAACAGUGUUCCUAUCAGCUGUUGCAAAUCCAACAUUGGAAGCUGCACAGGGUCCCUCACUCGUCCUGAAGAUCUCUACCAAGAAGGUUGUGAAGCUCUGGUUGUGAAGAAGUUGAAGGAGAUCAUGAUGUAUGUCAUCUGGACUGCACUGACGUUUGCUGCCAUCCAGAUGCUGGGGAUGCUGUGUGCGUGUGUGGUGCUGUGUCGCAGAAGCAGAGAUCCUGCCUAUGAGCUUCUUAUUACAGGAGGCACCUAUGCAUAGAUGGUGUAGGUGCACUUCCAGAUUUUACGUGUCACUGGUGAGAGCAUGGAAAUAAUGUAUUACCACACUAACCUUAACUCACUGAUCACACAAAGUUAUAUACUUAACCUUGUUUUUUUUUUUGUUUUGUUUUUUCCCAAAAGCUGUUGGCCAAACUGUUAAACGGUCAAUGAGAAUGAGAUGUUGAAAGCAUUCUGUUGCUCAGAGGAUGACAUGAGGGUGACAUUUUUUACCAAACUCAAACCUUGUUAGUCAUGUACUGUAUGGAGUUUAACGUGGACAGGGUAAUUUCCUCAUAUUAUUUUGCACUAUGUGUAUGGCUUUGAAUAUUUCAUAUUUAAAUCUGUCAUGUACUUGAAUGAAAGACUUGUAUCUGUGUAUAAUUUUACCCUGUACCUCCACUAUCACUACUACUGCUACUACUACUACUACUACUACUACUACUACUACUACUACUACUACUACUGCUCAGUUUGGGUUGACACCUUGCAGUAUUCUGUAAAGAAAUAGUGGACACCAUAGUUCAAGUUGAUGUCACAGCAGGUUUUUGUGUGUAAAACUAUGUUAUUCAACUGGCUUUUGCUCAUCUGAUCUUUCCUUUAAGAAUCAGACCUUGUAAUCUCAAUAUAGACUUGUCCUAUAGGGGUUUUGUUUGUUUUUGUCCACUGAGUGUAGUUUUAGAAUUUGAUUUGUUGAUAUGUAGCAACGGCAAUACUCAAGAAUGUAAAUAAAAUGUGAGGGGAAAGUUUGAAAUCAAAUGA